AAGAGAGAGAGAAAAGAAAACAAGUACGAUAAAAAUAAGUGGAGAGUACAGAGAGAGUGGUGUAGAGAUGAGUGGGUGGAAGAGUUGAAGGAGAUUGAAAAAGGAAAAAUCGGCAACCUGCCUCCUCUAUCGCGACCAGCCACAUUUCUCACGCUAAGAUGACAUAGAAUGGGUUGGGUGGCGCUAGGGCGGCGUGCGGGUGGUGGCUGCCGCCUCUCAUCCAACCUUUCGCUGUCUUUCGCCUCCCUCGCAAGUUCCUUCAUCCUCACCACCCUCUUUGUCCUCACCCUAGCCCUCACCCUAGCCACCCUCGUGCGUGCCGAGGACAUCUUCGAGGAGGGCAAAUCGGACAAGGAGAUUCUGGACAACUUGCUGCUGUCGACGCGUUACGACAAGCGGCUUCUACCACCGGUCCAAGGUACACUCCGGCCCCCACCCCACACACGUGAAGACGAAUACGUAACUGAUCACCUUGUACCCAAUGACCAACCAUCAUCCAACUACCCUGAGCACCUCGAACAUCAUCGGCACCAAUACCAUCACACAGCACGACACAACCACAGUUCACUGCUCACAUCUCGUCAAAAGGGAACCUUGACCGUCAACGUGAGUGUUUUGCUGCUGAGUCUUGCGUCACCCGACGAGUCUAGCUUGAAAUAUGAGGUCGAAUUCCUUCUGCAACAGCAGUGGUACGAUCCACGCUUGCGAUACAGUAACAGAUCGAGAUAUGAGUUCCUCAAUGCAAUACACCAUCACAAUGACAUCUGGCUACCGGACACUUAUUUUAUCAUGCAUGGGGACUUUAAGGAUCCUCUCAUACCUGUCCACUUCGCCCUACGGAUUUAUCGAAAUGGCACCGUCAAUUACCUCAUGCGGCGCCAUCUCAUCCUCUCCUGCCAGGGUAGACUUAAUAUAUUCCCAUUUGACGACCCACAGUGUUCAUUCGCCAUCGAGAGCAUAUCGUACGAGCAGACGGCAAUAACAUACGUAUGGAAAAACGAUGAGGCGACAUUGCGUAAAAGCCCAAGCUUAACAACCCUGAAUGCAUACCUGAUUAGGAAUCAGACACUGACGUGUCCGAUAAAAGCCAGCUGGCGGGCACCUGGUCAGCUGAUUGGUCAGCUGAUUGUCGACUACGAGGACGAGUACGAUGAAUUCGGGGACUCAAAGUGCUCUCUGUGCCAGCGAAGAUUUGAGGAGCAAGGUAACUACAGCUGCCUCAAGGUGGAUCUCAUCUUCACUAGAGAUCGUGCCUUCUACUUUACAACAGUCUUCAUACCGGGUAUAAUACUGGUAACGAGUUCGUUCAUCACAUUUUGGCUCGAGUGGAAUGCAGUACCAGCUAGAGUCAUGAUUGGUGUAACAACAAUGCUCAACUUUUUCACAACGUCGAAUGGUUUUCGUUCAACUCUACCAGUCGUCUCAAAUUUGACUGCGAUGAACGUAUGGGAUGGUGUAUGCAUGUGUUUCAUAUACGCAAGCCUUCUUGAGUUCGUUUGCGUCAAUUACGUCGGACGUAAAAGACCCCUUCACAACGUCGUCUAUCGUCCAGGGGAGAAUCCCGUCACCCAGCGGCUUCCAGCGGUGCUCAGCAGGAUAGGGAUUUUAUUGGCCAGCCCCUUGGGGACAAAGAAACGAGAGGGUGGAAAUACAACAGCUGGUGGUAAUGAGCCGAACGAGAUCAUCGCAUGUACAAAUUGCGGUCCAAAUCCUUGUACGCACACAGCGACCAACGGAUGUGCUGCUGAGUGCUGCUUUGUGCAGGUCCGGAAAAAAGAGCCACCCCAUCCGAUUCGAGUCGCUAAAACCAUAGACGUCAUAGCAAGGGUCCUAUUUCCCAUCGCUUACUCUGUUUUCCUGGUGUUCUUCUUCUACCACUACAAGGGUGUCUCCUAG